AUGCUUCAGUGGCUUGUCGCAGCGGCUCGGCCUUUGAAACUCUAUGAGAUCACAGCUGCAGUAGCAGUGCCCUCUUAUGAGACAUAUCUGGAGACGGAAAGAUGGGUGCCUCAUUCUGAAUGGUUGUCAGACGUGCGUUUAGAGGGACCUCUCCAUACGCCCGAGUGGCUACGGAAACUGUGCGGGCCUCUCGUCCGAUUGACCUCAUCCAAGGAGGAAAUUUCACUUGCACAUUUCUCGCUCAAAGAAUACUUGACAUCUGGUAAACUUGGCAACAGCAGCAAUGCUCAAGUACAGAAGUAUAACGUCGCGCUUGCAGACGCACAUGCUCACAUCGCCACCGUCUCAUUGACAUAUCUAUGUUCGCAGGAACUAUCCAAGCCAUUCCGCAACAGACAAGAAUUGGACGAGCUGCGUCAG